GAAUAUAGAGAGGGUAGAGGAGGGAAAAAGAAGAUAGAAAAAUUGAGGUAAUAUCAACAGGAAAGACUAACCAGGCUAACACCCUCUAAAGAGAGAUGUGAGGGGGAACUGAUGUAAUAACCUGAUGAUCUCUUUAAAACUAUAACAUGGUUUGAUCGAAUACUCAGAAAGCAAGAAUCUGAAACUCGUAACUCAGCUUUGCAGGAGGACCAAACAUCUUUCAAAGGUCUAGUAGUCAUGACAACAGAAGCACCAAUUCCAGCCAGUGCCAAAACUGGUGUGGGUGCCCCCACUCGUCGAGACUUUUUUUGGCUGCGCUCCUUGGUGGCAGGAGGUAUUGCAGGAUGUUGUGCAAAGUCAACAAUUGCCCCUCUGGAUCGAGUGAAAAUUUUGCUACAGGCUCACAAUCGGCAUUAUAAACACCUUGGAGUGUUUUCUACUCUGCGUGCUGUACCGAAGAAAGAAGGCUUCCUUGGCCUGUAUAAAGGCAAUGGAGCAAUGAUGGUCAGGAUCUUUCCUUAUGGUGCUAUUCAGUUCACUGCGUUUGACCGAUACAGAAAGCUCUUGAUAGCUAAACUUGGUAUCUCCGGGCAUGUUCACCGAUUAAUGGCUGGAUCCAUGGCAGGGAUGACUGCAGUGAUAUGUACUUAUCCACUUGACAUGAUUCGAGCCCGUUUGGCCUUCCAGGUGAAGGGCGAACACAGGUAUGCUGGAAUCAUUGAUGCUUUCAGGGUCAUUUAUACACAGGAAGGAGGAUUUCAAGGAUUUUACAGAGGUCUAACUCCAACUAUUAUUGGCAUGGCUCCUUAUGCAGGAAUUUCGUUCUUCACUUUUGGCACCUUGAAAAGUAUUGGUCUCAGUCAGGCUCCUGGUAUUCUUGGAAGGCCUUCAUCUGACAAUCCAAAUGUUCUGGUUUUAAAAACCCACGUGAACUUGCUAUGUGGUGGAAUAGCAGGCGCAUUUGCUCAAACAGUAUCAUACCCUUUAGAUGUGGCUCGGAGGCGAAUGCAGCUAGGCUCCAUUCUGACUGAAGCUGAUAAAUGUGUAUCAAUGUGUAAAACUCUGAAAUAUGUCUAUAAGGUGCAUGGCAUACAGAAAGGCCUCUACCGGGGACUCACCCUCAAUUACAUUCGCUGUAUCCCAUCUCAAGCAGUGGCAUUUACCACUUAUGAACUGAUGAGACAAGUUCUUCAUCUGAACUGAAGACAUUUCAGGAUGUUACCUGGACUAUCAAAUUCAUGAUUGCAAUUUUUGUGAUCGUCAUCCAUAAGAACAUUUCUGCUAUGGAGACUGCUCUGGUCUGAUGCGGGAACUGCUGUCCUCUAAUGUGGAUACUAAACUGUUAUUUAUUUAAUUGAGUAAUUACUUGCAAUUAAGACUGAAAGUCAGCAUCAGUGUUCUCUGUGUUUCAGGUUUGUGAAAAUUAUUGCCAUCCUAUGCCACCUUUGCAUUUCAUUAGGCUAGGUAAUCAAUUUCGGCUCCUGCACCCCAGCUCUGAGGAGAGAGAUGAGUCUAAUAUGGACUGAAAAAAUUGGACCCACAGUUACUACUGUCAGUUUUCUAAUACUUUAUGUAUGAAUAUUUUAUUCUUGAUCUGUUAAUAUUACAUGUACACAAAUAUAACAAAUCUGAGGCUUAUUUUGCACACUCAAUCACAUAUUUGAUGAAAGUUCAUUUUUAAAUACUGUAAAACUUGUAAUCUCUAGCAGUUGGUGUUCCAGUAAACUUUUGUGAAUAUUUGUAGAUCUGACUUGA